UGCAACCGAGCUAUACUUCUCUCCACAUUGCAACAAGAAGAAUGGGGCUCGCCAACAUUGCAGUCGCCGCUCUGGUGUUUGCAGCCGUUGUCGGCAUGGCUGUUGGCCAGACGGUAGAGACCAAGACGGUCAACUUUACCACAGGCACGGUCACCCCGCUGACGCCUUUUUUUUCAAACCCAAGCUGGGCGGGAAACGAAUUUGUCUCGGUGACCAUCCAGGUUCCUGAUGGCUUUACGGUCUCGGAGGGCGUCCGCUUCACCAAGUGUGCUAACAUUCCUCAGACGGCAGUGUUCUCGACACUCGACACAUGCGGUAUGGGCGGCGGCAUUACCGCGGCGCAAGCGGUGGACCAGUUGGCCAACUCGGAGAUGGAGUUCGGCACGGUCGCGACUGGGUACGACGAGUACCGAGUCACCAUCACCAUGUAUGUGGGCGCUCCGUCGCCGGUUCCAUUCGAGUCGGAAAGCUUUGCGUAUCCGCCGCCGCCGCCGUCGCCGCCGCCACCGCCGGUCUCGCCGCCGCCGCCGCAGCCGCCGCCGCCGUCGUCGGGCGAAAACGGCGAGGUAGUCUACAAGGCUUGGGCGAGCGACGACUGCACAGGAGUCAUCAUCCGGGAAGCAACAUCUGGCGGCUUUAACGCCGAGGGUUGCCACUCCGGUGGUCUUGUGGAGAAAAAUGCUACCUCCACGUUUGUCAAGUGUACUGAGGACUACAACGAGGGCAAACCGGCGAUCCGAGUCCGUGUCCCGACGGAGAUCUACUCUUGUGACUUCCCAUGCUCGGCAGGCAUCGGCGUGAACACGAGCACGUGCCGACUGACCAAGUUUGCCAAGGACACGUGCUACAAGCGUGCUGAUCUUGACUUCUCAUUUAGGCUCGAACAAUGCGGCUACAACGACUGUUUUCCUGGUGAUGCAAUCGUGACCCUUGUGUCGGGCGCUUUGAAGCGUAUGGACGCUCUCGAGAUCGGCGACAUUAUUCUCUCGAUCGACCGCGAUGGCGUGAAGAGCUACACGCCGUUCAUUGGCUGGGCCAAGGCCAAGCCUGAACGCCUCUAUUCCGCCAUCCGCGUCACCACGGCCUCGGGUGCUGCACUUCGCGCUCACUCCAACCACUUUGUCCACUUUGCGCGGCAAGGCGAGUGGACAACCGGCCCGAUCCGCAACGUCCGCGUCGGCGACACCGUUCGCCUGGCGUCGGGCGCCAUCGAUGUCGUCGUCGUCGUCGACUCGGUCCCUGUUGUCGGCGCGUAUACUCCGAUGACGGUGUCGACCAACAUUGUGGUCGACGGCGUGGCUGCAUCGAUGUGGACCAAGACCGACUCGCCGGUCUUCCACGCCCUGUUUGCAGCCGGCAGCGCUCUGCUUGGCAUGGACGAAGCGGCGUGCCGGAUGCUGGCGUUUAACAUCUUUGUUAAGCUGCCGUACGCCAUCCUUCCGCCUGCAGCGUGGGAGUGGCUCAUCGCGCCGGUCUCUGGCGAGUCGGUCAUGGCGCACUUUGCAGUCUUUGUCACCGAGGUGUUCAAGGCGCCGAUGUCGCUUGUGGCUUAACCGCAUGGCUAGAGUGACUGUAAACAUAUGAACAUAAUGACAUA